AUGGCCGUCUCGGUCCUGGGCAAGCGCCAACGUGGUGCCAUUGAGACAGAAGCACCAACACUGCCGCUGCGUAGUUCCAACAGGCGCCGUACGCAACCACCUCGCAUCCUCCAGGAAGUGAACGAGCCUUCUGCAUCGUCAACGCGCCAACUACGAUCACGAACAAGGAAUGGCACAUACUCGAAUCAAGAAAAUGACUCCAGCAUCAAAAUCACGCUUGCCGAGACCGACAAGACCAAGCAUGUUGUACGCGUCACUAAGACCGCGUCUCCCUCCAAGAUCGGUCCCGAACCGCGGACUUCAGAAGUUGUCAAUGAUGAAAAUACAAAACCCAUCGAGUUCAAAACUCCUUCAAAGUCCAGAUACCGAGACGCCCUUGAAUCGCCGCCAGUCACCCCGAAGCACAGAGUGCAGGUUGGCGGCAAGUCGAUGACUCCGCGCACACCUCGCCAGAUAUCGAGCCCAUCAUCUUCUCAGACUAUUUAUACGGCAGCUAGGCAGCUAUUUACGCGAGGGGCAACUUCCGGUCGAUUAAUUGGACGGGACGCUGAGCGUGAAAAGCUGACCUCAUUUAUCCAGGAACGCGUUACCUCAAGGAAGGGCGGUUGUCUGUAUGUCAGCGGGCCACCAGGUACCGGCAAGAGUGCUAUGGUCCGAGAGGUAUGUAACGGGCUGGGACUCGACACUGUUCAGGUAGCGCAUAUCAAUUGCGCCAGUAUGCGAGGACCCCGAGACGUAUACUCGAAGCUCAUUGAGGAUCUCGGUGACGACGGCCAGGUUUUCAGGAAGAGCGACGUCGAUAGGCUAAAAGCCUUGUUUCUUCCUGACAAGAAACAUGAUGGUCUAUUCUUAGUCACCUUGGACGAGAUCGACCACCUGCUCACCGCCGAUGCUGGAGUUCUACAGUCCUUAUUUGAAUGGUCUCUAAACAACAAAUCGCGUCUGUUACUCAUCGGAAUCGCCAAUGCGCUUGAUCUCACCGAUCGCUCAUUGCCACAAUUGAAGGCGAAGAACUUGAAGCCUUGCCUCCUACCUUUUUUACCUUACAAUGCUAGCCAAAUCGCGAACGUCAUCACCAACCGCCUCCGGUCUUUGCUUCCUCCUGAUCAGGAUGUGGAACCGACUUUUGUGCCUUUUGUCCAGCCUGCAGCUAUACAGCUGUGCGCGAAGAAAGUUGCAUCCCAGACCGGUGACCUGCGAAAAGCGUUCGAACUUGUCAAAUGUGCCAUUGAUCUUAUUGAACAAGAGACGCUACAAAAGCUGGAGAAGCAGAGCUCCAGUGUUGAUAGCGCCUCCAAGACUAUCCUGGUCGAAAAUAAUAACCUCUCAUCCCCGGCCAGAACUUCGAUAUCCAAGCAGAACCCCACCACAACAUAUACUAUUCUUACGGCACCACGCGCAAGCAUCGGACAUAUAGCUCGCAUUACUUCAUCUGCCUUUGGACAAGGAACCGUCCAACGGCUUCAGGCGCUCAAUCUACAACAAAAAGCGGCUCUCUGCUCUCUCCUCGCCCUGGACAGGAAACGGCGCGAGAGUGAUCUCACUGGCACGCCGUCCAAAAUCAAGAUGUCGGCGCCUACUAUCAAACAGAUCUUCGACACUUAUUGCACGCUGUGUCGAAAAGACAAUAUCCUCCAUCCCCUGACGGCUACUGAAUUCAAGGAUGUCAUCAGUAAUUUGGAGACGUUAGGCCUCGUCGGUGAAUUCCAGGGCCGAGGCCGAGGUGGAACGGUUUCGGGCGGCUCUGAUAUCAGACGCACUCCCUCAAAGUCGGGCUGCGGGAUGAUGAGUCCACGAAAAGGAAUGGAUGAGCAGGGCCUUGUCUGCUUUGUUUCACAGAAGGAAAUCGAGAGCCAGAUUGCUGGCCCGGGAGAAGGCAUUCUCAGAAGAUUACUCAUGGGUGAAGGUCUGUAA